CACUGUGCCCUUAGCACGAGGGGCAUUAGCAGGGAGGCAGUCUGAAGGAUCACUGGUGCCUGUCUGUGCUCUGAGACAGUGUGACUGUGUUUGGGCGGGCAUCACCAGGGGGAGAAACAGGCCCUCCUAAGACAGAUGCCAGAGGCAAUGAUGAGGGAGGACAAGGCUGGCCAUGGGCUCUGCACCCACGCUCACCUGCUCUCUGUGUGCUUGCGCAAAGGCCCUCAUGAAGCUGAACGAAGCGGAGGUCCUGAGGAACUCGCUGGAGAAGAAAGCAAAUGUGAUCGCCUGCUUUGAAGAGGCCACCUUCUUCAGCCUCAAAGGGGAGGUCUGCUGGCAUAUGGGGCACAUGAAGCUGGCAGAGAAACUGCUCAGGAAGGCUUUGAGCCUGCUCGGAAGACAAUUCCCCCAGACCUCCACUGGAACCUUUGUCAGGUCUCAGGUGGAAAAGUUGCCGUGUGCCACUUGUGUUGCCAGAAGAGCAUCCUCCCUUCCGCAGGAGGCCCGGAGGAAGAGGCUAGCCUGGCUGCUGCGGCAGAGCUGCUGUCUUUCCUUACUGGAGCACCUCUUCAGCCUGGAGGGCACUUCCAGCGGACAGACGUUCUCCCUCCUGGCAGCGCGCAUGAAGGCCAACACGGACAGGGCAGCAGACUCCUAUCGGGCAGCAGACUCCCGCCACAGAUAGACUUAAAACAGAAGGGUGGAAAUGAAGUUACCUCAUUAAACAGCUCCAUUAUUAUGA